AAAUCGACUUGCUGUGGUCUAUGAGACCGAGGCCUAAGCGUUUUUGUUUCUUUAUAAUUUCAACAAAUGUCACUCUACCACAACCCGUUCUGAGCGGGCAUUUGGCCUUAUGUGGCAAUUUCUCUGGACAUAAACGGCGCUACAAAAACAAAGUUGUCAACAGUUAGCGAAGUUGAAGCAACUCUCCAAGUCGAAUACGAGGCGAGAAAAAUAUGACAUCUCGUAGGUGGUUCCACCCAAACAUCACUGGAGUGGAGGCCGAAAACCUACUGCUGACGCGGGGGGUGGAUGGCAGCUUUCUGGCAAGGCCAAGCAAGAGUAAUCCUGGUGACUUCACGCUGUCUGUCAGGCGAAAUGGGGCAGUCACUCACAUCAAGAUCCAGAACACAGGCGACUACUAUGACCUGUACGGAGGGGAGAAAUUUGCCACGUUGGCUGAGCUGGUGCAGUAUUACAUGGAGCAUCAUGGGCAGCUGAAAGAAAAGAACGGGGAUGUCAUCGAGCUCAAGUAUCCCCUCAACUGCGCAGACCCCACAUCUGAACGAUGGUUUCAUGGGCAUCUGUCAGGCCGGGAGGCAGAGAAGCUCCUGACGGAGAAGGGCAAGAAUGGCAGCUUCCUGGUGCGCGAGAGCCAGAGCCAUCCUGGCGACUUUGUCCUAUCCGUACGCACUGGCGACGACAAGACGGACACUAGUGACGGCAAGCCAAAGGUCACCCAUGUUAUGAUCCGCUGUCAGCACGACCUCAAGUACGACGUUGGAGGUGGUGAAAAGUUUGACACCCUGACGGACCUGGUGGAGCACUACAAGAAGAACCCCAUGGUGGAGACCCUGGGCACAGUGCUGCAGCUCAAACAGCCCCUGAACACGACGCGCAUCAAUGCUGCAGAGAUUGAGAGCAGGGUCAGGGAGCUGAGCAAACUCGCCGAGACCACCGACAAGGUCAAGCAGGGCUUCUGGGAGGAGUUUGAGACUCUACAACAACAGGAGUGCAAGUUGCUGUACAGCCGAAAAGAAGGGCAAAGACCAGAGAACAAAAACAAGAACCGAUACAAGAACAUCCUCCCCUUCGACCAUACGCGGGUUGUCCUAAGAGAUGGGGACCCCAGUGAUUCUGGCUCGGACUACAUCAACGCCAACAUCAUAAUGAUCCCACAGCCGGAGGUCGACGCCAAGUGCAACAACGCCAAGAUGAAGAAGAGCUACAUCGCCACCCAGGGCUGCCUGCAGAACACCAUCAGCGACUUCUGGAGGAUGGUCUUCCAGGAGAACUCUCGCGUCAUCGUCAUGACGACCAAGGAAGUGGAGCGGGGAAAGAGUAAGUGUGUAAAGUACUGGCCCGACAUGAACGCCCUUAAAGAGUACGGAGCCAUGCGUGUGCGCAACGUCAAGGAGACGACGGCACACGACUACACCCUCAGAGAGCUGAAGCUGUCCAAGGUGGGACAGGGCAACACAGAGCGCACUGUGUGGCAGUAUCACUUCCGUGCCUGGCCGGACCACGGCGUACCCACAGACCCCGGCGGCGUGCUGGACUUCCUGGAGGAGGUGAACCUGAAGGAGGAGAGCAACCUGGAGCCAGGGCCCAUAGUGGUGCACUGCAGUGCUGGGAUUGGAAGGACUGGAACGUUCAUUGUGAUCGACAUCCUCAUUGACGUCAUCAGAGAGAAAGGGGUGGACUGUGACAUUGAUGUGCCAAAGACCAUCCAGAUGGUGCGCUCCCAGCGCUCAGGAAUGGUGCAGACAGAGGCUCAGUACCGCUUCAUCUACAUGGCCGUCCAGCACUACAUCGAGACGCUGCAGCGCCGCAUCGAGGAGGAACAGAAGAGCAAGAUUAAAGGCCGUGAAUACACCAACAUCAAGUACUCUCUCUCUGACCUGACUGCGGGGGACCAGAGCCCGCUUCCACCCUGCACCCCGAUGCCAACCUGCCCAGAUCUGAGGGAUGACAGCUCCAGGGUGUAUGAGAAUGUGGGUCUGAUGCAGCAGCAGAAGAGCUUCAGAUGAGAAGCCGAGUGCUGUUCGCCUGAACAGACAGGAAGCUGUUUUUGCCACACCUGACGAGAUCAUGACCACACAGAACAUGAACAUGACGAGUAAAAAAAACAAAAAAAAACGGAAGCCACACCUGAUCUCCACACCUGGUCUGCGAUCAGUGCCUGGAGCUGGACCCAGCCUCUCCACACACACUCUGAAACCACUGUGAACAUCACCGAGCCUUAUCCACACACAGACACACACACACACAGACACACACACGCACACACACAUAUAUACACACACACACACACUUACAUACAUACACAUAUAUAUAACUCACACACAUAUAUAUUAUGGCCCUCUAAAGUUACCGAUUGGCUUUGGAGAAAUUUUAUCCAGGCUGCAUCUUGCAAGUGUGGAAAAGCUUUUGCUCUCUCUCUCUCUCUCUCUCUGUGUCUCUCUCUCUCUCUCUCUCUCUCUCUCUCUCUCUCUCUCUCUCUCUCUCUCUCUCUCUCUCUCUCUCUCUCUCUCUCUCUCUCUCUCUCUCUCUCUCUCUCUCUCUCUCUGUCUCUCUGUCUCUCUUUGUCUCUCUCUCUCUCUCUCUCUCUGUGUAAUAAUCUGUUCAUUUUUUAACCAAAGGAAGAUGCGUUAGAGUAGUUUUCUGUGGAGCAAUGAGGGAGAGCUUAGUGGAGGAGGCCUGUGCCAAAAACAAAAGAAUAAGUCAGCGUUAGCGUCAGAGUUAGCCGACGCUGCAUGCCUCUGCCAUCCCUCUGCCUCAGCCUGUCUUAAUGGGAACGGGCAGAGCAAUGCCCCCUGGUGGGCAAAGGGAGUUCUGCCAUUUGUAGAAUACCUUGUUUUUGUUCUCUUUCUUUAUUAUUGUUUUUUUUUUUUUUAUGAAGAUAAUUGUUUAGUAUUCUGUUACUGAAGCUAGUGUUGGUAAGGGUCAUGGCGGUGAGGCUGAGGAAGCCUACCGGGACCCUAAGAAUUGAGGCCUCUGGUCUGUGCUUUAGCCAGCAGGUGAAGCUAGAGAGCAGGGUGGUGCUGGUGGUGGUUUUGUGGGCCGAGCAUCAUUAACCUGGUGAUUGUGACCCAGCAGUGAUGAUGUUUCGAGGCCUUUCAGUCCCAUACAUUCCCUCAUUUCACCCCAGAGUCUUUCCCAAACCCACGCGGUCAAAAGUCAACUCUAGGAGUCCGAGGAUGGUGCCAGUGUUUGGGUGGUUGUAUGGGGUUAGGGUGAUUGUUUUGCUUUUUAGAUGUGGCCUUUUGGCUAUCCAUUGUGCUCCCAGAGUAUAGUAUGCACUACUUGAAUCAGGAAGAGACUGUAAUAAGGCCCUCCCAGCUAUGACUCAUUGACCCACACUGUGAGUCUCUGUUUUCACCCCCACACAUACACACACCCCACCACCACCAUCACCACCCCACAGCUGGCUGCCUUAUCGUUUUAGUCUUUCUUUUUUUAAAAAUUCAAUUCUGUUUUGUAUUUUUGUUUUUCUCUUAAAUGCCUAUCAUUUGAUUCACCACAUGAACUUAAAGCCCAGAAUCACUGUUGGAAAGUGAAUGCACAUUUGAGCUUGGCCAGCAUUUCCAUAUACUGUCUGUUUUGGUUGGUAGCCUUGGCCACAAUGAGCACUCAAUGAUGGAUAACUUCAUUUUUAUUUGGGAUGAUUAGAUGUGCCCUGUGUGGUCUACUCUACACUUGGUCUAUCAUUCUGCAUUGUGUGUGUGUGUGUGUGUGUGUGUGUGUGUAGGUGUGGGUAUCACUUGGAAGCACAGAUUUUGCCCUGCCUGUGUGUGUGCGUGCGUGCGUGCGUGUGUUUGUGUUUCGCAGCAGACUACAACUCGACACUCUCUCAGUUUUCUGUUUAAAAAAGCUGGAGUGUGUUAUUUCAACUGCAGUAUUGCAAAAGUGUACCUUCUUCACAUCAAUAAUUUAAAAGUGUCUAUGUGUAUCGUCCAUAUGUGCUCGAUGACCAAGCUAAUGAGUGACUCCACAGCAUUUCACUUGUGAACCAUUAGCCUCCUGCCUCUCUGCCCUAACACACACACACACACACACACACACACACACACACACACACACACACACACACACACCUACGGGUGAACAUACACCCUGCACAUACACUAAUACAUCCAUCCAGACAUGCCUGUUGUUUCCUGGGCGUGUGGAGAACUCUGCUAUGAGUUGAGAGGGCUCAGAUGCCUUUGUAGAGGUUCUCCAUAUUCUCCAAGGAACAAGUUUUAUGCUUUUUUUGCGGCGUCUUGCAUCUUGAUUCUAAAGCGAUCCUAAAAGAAGAGUCAGUGUGGGCAGAGACUGGUUAGAAUAUAUGCCUCUGGUCCUUGGGCUUUUAUCCAAAUCCUGUGUUGCUGUGCUGUGGGCUGACUUAGCUCUUAUAGAGGUCAAGACUAGUGAGCCAUGUGUGUGUUUGUUUGUUUGUUUAUGUGUCUGUGUGUGUGUAUGCCCACUUCCUCAUAGUUCUCAGGCCAGUUGUGCCCCCCCCUGCCCCCCUCCCAAUCCUAAACAGAGGCAGACACACACGGACACACACACAACCUUACACAUGCUGUUGAAGCUGUCCUACAAAAAUCGCAAAUUCACCCGGGCAUAUGCAUGGCACCCUGGGGCCAAAACUAAUAAGACCUGACCCUUAACAACGGUAGGGUGGCCUUAGGUCCACUGGCUCUGCUUGUGUACCGUAGUGUGUCUGUUCAUUGUACUGUAGUGUGUGUGUGUGUGUGUGUGUGUGUGUGUGUGUGUGUGUGUGUGUGUGUGUGUGUGUGUGUGUGUGUGUGUGUGUGUGUGUGUGUGUGUGUGUGUGUGUGUGUGUGUGUGUGUGUGUGUGUGUGUGUGUGUGUGUGUGUGUGUGUGUGUGUGUGUAACCGUGAGUGGGUGAGAGAGGGAAUGGGUGCUUAUUCGUCAAAAGUGUUCAUGGUUUGUGCUGUUGUUUUUGUGUGUGUGUACGUGUUUGUUUGUAUGUGUAUAAGGGAAUAUAGCUGUUGAUGAGAUGUCAGCUCUCUUCUCUUGCGUACAAAAACUCUUACACACACUUGUGUUGAUCUCUACAUGUGUUUAAUAAUACUACACUUUUCUCUCUUUCUCACUCACCGUCUCUCGUUCUCUUUCUGUCUCUCUCUCUCUUUCAACAUCUCUGUCUGUCUAUGGAGGAAAUUAAUGGUCUUCAAAUAAUAAAAAAAGAACACCACCUAGUACAUAAAACUAUAAACUCAAAAUACCUAAUGUGAAAUGUAUUACCCUAAAAAGAAACGUUCACGGAAAAAGAAAUGUCAAACUCAAUGCAGGCAAACUCUAUUUUUUAACUUGUAUAUUGUACAUGAACAUCUUGUAGAGGAGAAUGUACUAAACAUAUCUAAUUGCCAAUAAGAUAUACUGUAUGUUUAACCCAGCCACUGAUCUCUAGUGAGCCUUAGAGAAAAAAAAAGCAGUUUACUGUAUUGUGUGAUUUAUCAAUGCAAGUAACCAUGAUAACUUCUUUGACAAUAAAUGACAAGCUCACAA